AUGUCGGAAUCCGUGGAUCGCACCGAAAAGAAGCGUAAGCUUCAAGAUGGCCCUGAACUCGAGAUCGAUGUUUCUGCGCCGGAACCCCAAUCGAAGAAAGCUUUGCGCCAAGCGAAAAAGAGCAAGACCAGCGAAUCCUCCAAAGACACCGAAGAUGCCUCGUCCGGCAAGACUGAGUCCAAAUCCAAAUCCAAAUCGACCGCUGAACCCGCAAAGCGUUCUCCCUGGGGAAUCUGGGUCGGAAACAUGGUCUUCUCGACGACGGAGAACGAGCUUGUCGAGCAUCUUCUGAAAUUUUCGGGACUCGAAAAAUCUACGAUUACUCGGGUGAAUAUGUCCAAGGGUCCGGAGAAGUUUGGCAGACUUCAGAACAAGGGUUUCGCGUACAUUGAUUUUUCGACCAAGGAAGCCCAGGACACAGCCGUGGAGAAGGCGAACGAGAAGCUUCUGACAGGCCGUCCUUUGUUGAUCAAGCCUUCCAACAACUUCGAGGGUCGGCCCGACAAGGCUGUCAUCGCUGCUUCCGCCAGCGGUAACCCCCCCCAUCUCGACGACUUUAUUUUCGACACCACCAAGGAGUCACUCGAAGAGCAUUUCGGCCGAUGCGGCACCUUGACCCAUGUACACCUUGCGACUUUCCAGGAUUCAGGAAAGUGCCGUGGAUUUGCCUGGGUGGAAUUUGAGGAUAUUGCGAUCGCGGAAGCAGCGGUGAGGGGAUAUGUGAUGGUCAAGGAGGAGGAGGAAGAGGAGUCCUCGGACAGCUCCGACUCGGAAUCUGACGACGAGAAAAAGAAGAAGAAGAAGAAGGCCAGAAAGCCUCGCAUGGAGAAAGUCUGGGUGAACACCCUCCUGGGUCGCCGCCUUCGCUUUGAAUUCGCUGAAGAUGCGCAAACCCGAUACAAGAAGCGCUUUGGCAAGGAUAGAGAGGGAGGCAAGAACGAGAAUGGCUCUUCCGAAGAGCAACCCCGCAUGCGCAAGCCCCGGAAGCAAGAGAUUGACGACAGUCGCUACUCCAAGGAAACUGUUCAGCGACUCAGCGGUGCCAUUGUCGAGGGACAGGGAAAGAAGGUCAGCUUCGACUAA